AAUUAAAACUGAAACAAACCUAAACCCUUAAAUCAAAUAUCUUUGGCUCGUAACACACAGUCUCCUCUCCGCGUUUCAUCUUCUUCUGCAAGCGGAGGUUUUGAUCUCCUUCCUCCACCAGCGACGGCGGCGGCGCGACGGCGUUCUUCUCCGUCUCUUUACCGUGCGCGUUUCAUCUUCGGCGAGGUAGUUUUCUCUGCCGACGACCACUGCCGCUUCCUAGGGUCUUCUCUGUUAGUGGCCAAGGAUUCUGCAAAGAACACGAAGUAACAGAAACAUAGGCUGCUCAAACUACUGUCAACGUCUUUCUAUUUUUUUCUCAUCCUCCUCUCUCCAAACUUGAAGAUGGAGUACGUCAGCCCAGAAGGACUCCGCUUGGAUGGUCGCCGACCCAUGGAGAUGCGGCAAAUUCGAGCAGAGAUUGGUGCUGUAUCCAAAGCGGACGGUUCUGCCAUUUUUGAGAUGGGUAAUACAAAAGUGAUUGCUGCUGUUUAUGGCCCUAGAGAGGUACAAAAUAGGAGCCAACAAAUGAGUGACCAGGCUUUGGUUCGGUGUGAGUACAGCAUGGCUAACUUUAGCACUGGAGAUCGCAUGAGGAAACCAAAGGGCGACAGGAGAUCAAUUGAAAUUUCUCUGGUUAUUCGACAAACUAUGGAAGCAUGCAUAUUGACACAUUUAAUGCCUCGUUCCCAGAUAGAUAUUUAUGUCCAAGUUCUCCAAGCAGAUGGAGGAACUAGAUCUGCAUGUAUAAAUGCUGCAACUUUGGCCCUUGCUGAUGCUGGGAUCCCUAUGCGUGAUCUUGUAACUUCCUGUAGUGCUGGAUACCUUAAUAGCACCCCUCUUCUUGAUUUGAACUAUGUAGAAGACAGUGCUGGAGGUCCUGAUGUAACUGUAGGAAUUCUGCCCAAGUUGGAUAAAGUGACACUUCUUCAGAUGGAUUCUAAACUACCAAUUGACAUUUUAGAAAAUGUUAUGCAACUGGCAACUGAAGGCUGCAAAGCAAUAGCAAACUACAUACGAGAGAUUUUACUGGAGAACACAAAGCAACUUGAAUAUCGAAGGGGUGUAUAAUUUUAUUGUAGAAAACUGCAGGUUCAUUCUCCCUAUAGUUGUGCGUUUUUCUUUUUUGGUUUAGGAUUCAACUGUAUCAACUGUGAAGCGGGAAAUGUAGAGGUGAAUGUGCUUAGAAGUCACUGUGACCUGGUUUUCGUUUAGCCUUUGAACCCUCGCCAGUGUUUUGUUUUGUCUUAGCAGAUGCAUGAAUUGUAAAUUUGCCCAAUUUCAGGUCCUAUCCUAUAUCUUUGGGGUUGAACUUGUUAUCAUAAUUUCAGUGCGGCGUUUCAUUUCUUUGUUGACGAAUAUGAUCAAAUGAGUUUCUGUUCAUUGUGGUGUAGAACAUGAGUCAAUGACCACUUCUAAUACAAGUGAAUGGUUUAGGACUA